CGGAAAUGGUCGUUUCCAUGGUAACCCUGAGCAGGUUGCCUGGGAGAUGACCUCUUUCGGGUCUCUUUGAAUCUCCGCUGUAGCGUCACCUGGAAGGCAGAUCUAACAGAGAACCUGGACUGUCUCCUAUCAUGAUUCCCGGGAAAUAUCGCUCUGUUUCUGGCCGGGCUGCGAACAACGUGAACUGCGGGCUUCAUCUGGUUAUUCAAACAUCAUCGCUUCCUGAAAAAAACAAACAUUUAUACUUACCUACUUUCUACACACUAUGUCUCAAGACACAACAUGAUUUUUCCUCCUUUGACCAAGUUGGAAACCUCUAACCAUCACAAUUCAGGUUGAAUUCAAGCUAAAUAAAGACACGUCGUCAUUCCCCGGUAGACUUUUACAACAUGACCUUGAAAGAAACUACUCAAGUAGGCAAGGUGAUCAUAUUAAUUUGGUGAGCUCAUCAUUGUCAUCAUUUCCUAUUCUUCAACGUUCUUCUGAAGAGAAAAUUCUUUACUCAGACAGGUUGAGCCUAGAAAGACAAAAGCUGACCGUAUGUCCUAUCAUCAAUGGGGAAGACCACCUUCGUUUGUUGAACUUUCAACACAAUUUUAUAACUCGGAUACAAAAUAUUUCUAAUCUACAGAAGUUAAUAUCAUUGGAUUUAUAUGAUAACCAGAUUGAAGAAAUUAGUGGGCUUUCGACUCUGAGAUGUCUUCGUGUCCUUCUGUUGGGGAAAAACAGAAUCAAGAAAAUCUCAAAUCUGGAGAAUCUGAAAAGCUUAGAUGUCUUGGAUCUUCAUGGAAAUCAGAUUACCAAAAUUGAAAAUAUUAAUCAUUUGUGUGAGUUGAGAGUUUUAAAUCUUGCCAGGAACUUUUUAAGUCAUGUUGAUAAUCUUAAUGGGCUGGAUUCACUAACUGAACUUAACUUGCGACACAAUCAAAUCACUUUCGUGAGAGAUGUGGAUAAUUUGCCCUGCCUCCAACAUCUCUUUCUCAGCUUCAAUAAUAUAUCUAGUUUUGACAGUGUUUCCUGCCUUGCUGACUCUUCUUCCCUCUCGGACAUCACCUUUGAUGGCAAUCCCAUAGCUCAAGAGUCAUGGUACAAACACACUGUCCUUCAGAAUAUGAUGCAGCUGCGCCAGCUAGAUAUGAAGAGAAUCACGGAAGAAGAAAGGCGUAUGGCAUCUGUUUUAGCCAAAAAAGAGGAAGAGAAGAAGCGGGAAAGUCAUAAACAAUCUUUGCUUAAGGAGAAGAGAAGGUUAACAAUUAACAACGUAGCUCGACAGUGGGACUUGCAACAACAACGAGUAGCCAAUAUUGCUACAAAUGAAGAUAGAAAAGAUUCUGACUCUCCUCAGGACCCCUGUCAGAUUGAUGGAAGCACCCUCUCUGCAUUCCCAGAGGAAACAGGGCCUCUAGACUCAGGACUCAACAAUGCUUUACAAGGUUUAUCUGUCAUAGACACAUACCUUGUUGAAGUGGACGGGGAUACACUUUCCCUGUAUGGCUCAGGAGCACUGGAAUCUCUGGAUAGGAAUUGGAGUGUUCAAACAGCAGGAAUGAUCACAACAGUCUCCUUCACUUUCAUAGAAUUUGAUGAAAUUGUCCAAGUGCUUCCUAAACUGAAGAUUAAAUUUCCUAAUUCUCUGCACCUUAAAUUCAAGGAAACAAAUCUUGUAAUGCUGCAGCAAUUUAACGCACUAGCCCAACUCCGUCGUAUUGACCAGUUGACAAUUGAUCCUCAAGGAAAUCCAGUUGUCAAUUUUACACUCUGGAAAUACUAUGUACUGUUUAGGCUAAGCCAUUUUAGUAUGCAGAAAAUAAAUGGAACAGAGGUGACACAGAAUGAUAUGAUAAUGGCUGAAAGGCUCUUUGGAAUCCUAGCACAUGUAGCGUCUUCUGAGUUACCCCAGUAUCGUCUGAUUUCCAUUCUGGGUGAUGCCAGGAAAAAGCAAUUUCAGUAUCUACUAGAAUCCAAAGGAAAAAAACCUGGUAUUAUCAACGAAGAAAAUAAUGACAGCAAAAGACUUGUAGGAGAAAACACAAAUCGUGCUACCUUAAAUUAUACUACAAGAGACUUUUAUAAUGAAAAGCUAGAGGAAAUAAAGGAAAAGAAGAAAUUCUGUAAAACAUAUAUAGAAGACCUUGUGAAGGAAGCCACAGAAAUCAACAUGAAAAAUGAGGCUUUGCAGAAGCUUUGGCCACAGAUGUUCAUUGAGCUUGUUAGGGAUGCAGUCAUAGAAAUUCGCAAUAAAAAUUCCUAUAUGAAGCUCUGCCUACAGCAGAUAACAGACCAAAAAUAAAAAUGGCCUUUAGUUACAGUU